AUGACAGAGGAGCCUCAGCUUAGUGCCUCGUUGCUUAGGUUAAAGUUAUUGGAUGCUUUGAGAAGUGGAGACACCCUGAAAAUCGAUGCUAUUAUAAACGAGUUGAAUACUGCCAAGGCCACUAUUCAUAACAAGGACUUGAUACAAUUGAAAGAAACGAUUUUACACUAUGCUGUACAAGUUGCAACUUUGGGUACAUUACAAUACUUGAUUCGAAAUUCAGACAAGUUUGGGUUAGAUAUAAAUGCCCAAGAUCCUCAGGGAAACACUCCAUUGCAUUUGGCAGCGAUGGCGUCGAGACAGGAUAUAGUCAAGUACCUCUUAUCGUUGAGCAACAUUAAUGAUACAAUUGUCAAUUUGGAUAAGAAGCAACCAGUCGAAGUAGCCAAGGAUUUGAAUAUUGCCCAAUUAAUGCAAUUCGAAAGAGCUAAAUUUGUUGAAAAAGCCGCUAGCGACUUGAGAACCUUUUUCAGUAAUAGAGAUUUUAACAAUUUGGAGCAAUUAUUGGUAUUGAAUCCAAGAGCAUCUGAACUAUUGGAUAUAAACGGAGCUGAUCCUGAAACCGGUAAUACCGUAUUGCACGAAUUUAUCAAAAAAUCAGAUUUGCAAAUGUGUGAUUGGAUUUUACGGCAUGGGGGUGACCCGUUCAAAAGAGACAAGCGCGGGAAAUUGCCAAUCGAUUUGGUCAAUCCGAAAGAUGAGCAAUUGAAAAAACUCAUUAAAGCAGCCUCUAAAGAUCAAACAAUAAUGGAUCCAGUUGCCACUACAAAUGCCGCAAUAAAGACUGGGAACGCCCCAGUAUACAAGGGUUAUUUACGCAAGUGGACUAAUAUUGCGUCAGGAUACAAACUCAGAUAUUUUGUAUUGGACAAGAACGGAAUCUUAUCGUACUACACUAAUCAAGAUGACACUACUAAUGCUUGCCGUGGAUCUUUGAAUCUUGGUUAUUCAACAUUGCAUUUGGACUCUUCAGAAAAGAUGAAAUUUGAAAUAUAUGGCAAGAAUGGGCUCAGAUGGCAUUUAAAAGCUAACCAUCCAAUUGAAACUAAUAGGUGGGUUUGGACGUUACAAAACGCAAUUACAAUUGCAAAGGAUAACAUCAAAAAGAAAAACCAGCUGAAAACUGGAGUAGGCAACAACAACAACAACAACAGCAACAAUAAUAAUGAAAAACAUUCCUAUGAAGAAGGUAGAGAUGCUAAUUCUGCUGAAGACGACGAGUCUAUUGGAAAAAGAAGGCACCGUCUCAAGAUUCCAGGGAGAAGAAAGCACAAACGUAACGCUAGUAGUAUUUCUGGAACGUCAGUUGAAGGUACCCCUAACAACUUAUCUCGAUCAUCAACAAUAAAAAGUACCACGAAUGAGCUGACAGAUAAUGCAGUAGUGACUGGUGCUGGUGCUGGUGCUGGUGCUGGUGGUACUGCUACUCCUCGGUACUCUAUGAGCAAUGACCAUGAUUUACAGGACUCUGAUAAUGAAAACUUUGACUAUGAUGCUGACGAGUUAGAAGCAGAGGAUGAUGAGAGCGACACGGACUCGUCAAUUAAUACAAGUCAACUAAACGAUGACAUUGCAGCAACAAAGAGAUCUUUGCAAGUUGAGUUAUCUUCGUUGUUAGAAUUGUUUAGUCAAAUCAUGAGUAGCGACAUUUUUGAGCCAAACUCAAAACAAGCGGAAAUUUGCAUUGUUGGAAAUAACACUAUAAAGGCUGUUAAUAAUUUGUUGGCAAAAUAUACCACAAAUAUUGAGACUAGAGAUAACAAAUUGAGAAAAAAUUUGGAUAGACAAUUAGAAGUUAAUCAAUUAUGGGAAAGAUCUAUUAGACAACUAGAAAGAGAGAUUCAAAAUAGAGAGGAUAAAUUGGCUGUUUUUCAAGGGCAGAGAAAGCAAUUGAGAAAGUACUUUUCAAAUGCUCCUGCUGCUGUGAGGUCUAGUGGAACCACCACACCUGCUAUAGACACCAAAUUGUUGAACAACAAUAGCAAGAAUAGCAAUCCUGCCGCUGCCUCAAAGGAUGAGGUUUUGGGUGAGGAGCCAAGUAGAGAUCAAAUACAACAAGUGGAUUGCAAAUUGAACGAUAUUGAUCAAAAGAAUCCUGUAAUUAAUUUUCAAGAUUCCGCUAUUCCUAAUAAUUUGAUUGGAGAACUUUUGGGUGAUGAUUCUGAAGACGAAUUCUUUGAUGCCGAUGAAUUCGAGGACGAAGAAGAAAAAGAGGAGAAGAGUGAGGAGAAUGAUGUACCUGUGGGAGAACAUGAUCCAAUAUCUACCAAUACUGGAAAUCAAUACCAAGACGAAAAGGCACCUUCAACUUUUGUUGAUGACGAAGGGGAUUUGAGCCAAGAAGUAUCUGGUCAGAGCGCACCAGUGGAAAAACUGUCUGUUGAUGCAGGCGAGGCCUCACCAUUCCCAUUAUUACAACAACAACAACAACAACAACAACAACAACAACAACAACAGCAACAACAACAACAACAGCAACAACAACAACAAAAUGCCCAAAAUAACGAAUCUAUUGCCUCUGAGAAAGAAUCACAAGGUGCUGUAGAUCAAAAUGUAGCAUCAAAAGCCCCAGGCGCAGACUCCACAACGAAAGAAAUACACAAUGGACUCAACUCUGUCCAGGGCAAAAUUCAAGAUCAACUAGUAGCUGAGGGUUCCUACUUGGGAUAUGAAAAUCCACCUCGAACAAAGCUAUCAAUGGAUGAGGACAAUAGACCUAAGAUUGGAUUGUGGGGAAUCUUAAAGUCCAUGAUUGGUAAAGAUAUGACAAGAAUGACAUUACCAGUUUCAUUUAAUGAACCAACUUCGUUGUUGCAAAGAUUGGCAGAGGAUAUUGAAUACAAUGAUUUAUUAAACAUUGCAGCUAGUUUUGAUGAUUCAACAUUGAGAUUGAUUUAUGUUGCUACUUUUGCAGCUACCGAGUAUUCUUCAACAAUCAACAGAAUCGCCAAACCAUUCAAUCCGUUAUUAGGUGAGACGUUUGAGUAUUCUAGACCGGAUCAAAACUAUAGAUUGUUUGUUGAGCAAGUAAGUCAUCAUCCACCAAUUAGUGCUUGUCAUGCCACCUCACCAAAAUGGGACUACUAUGGUGAGAACGCAGUGGACUCAAAAUUUUCAGGAAGGUCUUUUGACUUUAAGCAUUUGGGUAAAAUGUUUUGUGUAAUCCGUCCCGACAAACCGAUUAGAGACAAGAAAGGGAAUAUGGUGGAUGAAGAGUUGUAUAGUUGGAAAAAGGUUAAUACAGCAGUUGUGGGUAUUAUGAUUGGUAAUCCCACUGUGGACAACUAUGGUAAGAUGGUUGUGGAAAACCAUACCACUGGCGAUACAAUAAUUGUUGAUAUGAAACAAAGAGGAUGGAGAGCUUCAUCGGCGUAUCAAUUAUCGGGACAGGCAUUGGAUGCAAAUGGAACGCCGCAAUGGGCUCUUGGAGGUCACUGGAACUCGAAAAUUUUUGCCAAAAAGAUAACUAAAGAGUACCUAGAAGGUAAUGCUCAUAGAAAGAUGUCCAUCUUGGAAGAUCCAGCCAAGACUGCAGCUGCAAGCACUGAUCCAUAUUCCGGAUUGAAAUUCUUGGUUUGGCAAGUCACGCCAAGACCCAAGGUGCCUUUCAAUUUAACACAAUUUGCAGUGACGUUGAAUGGACUUGAUGAUAAUUUGAAGCCAUGGAUAGCGCCAACUGAUACGAGAUUAAGACCCGAUCAAAGAGAUAUGGAAGAAGGUAAUUAUGAUCGGGCAGCUGAUGAGAAGCAUAGAGUUGAAGUUAAGCAAAGACAAGCUAGAAAAAGAAGAGAUGAGACUGGGGAAGUAUACACUCCAAACUGGUUUGUGAAAAAGAAGCACCAUAUUACAGGUGAUGCUUAUUGGAAUUAUAAUGGGCAGUAUUGGCCCAAGAGGAAGAAUCAUGAAUUGGCUAACUGUGGAGACAUAUUUUAG